AUGCAUCAAACUGCUACAAGGCCGGCUCCUCUCAACUUCCCUCUGCCACACGUACACGCAGCUUUCAGCAUUGACCGACGGAAAGACAUUGGGACUCUGCAGUCUCAACGACAUCCGGUGUACCUUGAGGCGCCAGUGAGGGACGGUCUACCUACUCCGCCGGCAGACGAUAUGGGAACUACGUAUCAAUCAUCGCGGUAUAAUCAAUACGAGAGCCGGCCAGACACAUAUUCAAAUCAUGGAGGAGUGCAGAGCAACUAUGCUGGGGCACGUUCUGGAAGUAGCACUCAAGGACGACCGUACUCAGUACCGCAUUCCUCUCUGAAUCAUCUACCGCCACCUUUACCCUCUACAAUGCGUAACGAAACCCACGUCUCCUCGCACCCACCGUACAGAGUACCAGAUUUGGUGCAGAGUGCCCCUUUGACGGACUUCGUCACCCUUUCUCGAUCCGAUGAAACCCGACGAUCUAGCUCCAGCGGAGAUGUAGUAGCCAAAUCGUUUCAAAUACCCUCUUCGAUAAACAAUAGCGGUGGAAGUCUAGCCGAGUUUGCUGCACAGAUUACAUGCUUAUUUUGGUUUGAGUCAACCGAAACACUAAAAUUGGCUGAGACAGUAUCAAGUACAACGGUGGUAAAACGGUUGAAAGGCGAGGCGGUGCCAUCGAGUGGUUUCCGGAAAUGGGUUGUUUCUAUUCUCUCGACCACACAGGUUUCGCCAGAGGUUAUUAUCCUUGCUCUGCUGUUUAUCUACCGAUUGAAAAAGAUCAACCCAACAGUUAAAGGGCGAAGCGGAAGCGAAUACCGGUUGCUGACUGUUGCGUUGAUGUUGGGAAACAAAUUCCUGGAUGACAACACCUACACGAACAAGACAUGGGCAGAAGUCUCGGGCAUAUCGGUUACAGAAAUACACGUUAUGGAAGUUGAAUUUCUGAGCAACAUGAGAUAUAGUUUGUUAGCAUCAAAAGAGCAGUGGCAGGACUGGCAGGAAAAAUUGGCUCAGUUUUGGAUUUACUGCGACGCGGCCGCCAGGGCACCAUUGCCUCAAAUAUCCCCCCCGACACACUUGCAACCAACGCUACCUUCACCACCAACCUCGAUGCAAAAUUCGCCGCCGUCCUUGACUAGUGGAUAUACAUCUUCUAUGAGCAGUCCAUAUCGCCCGCACUUAUCAGCCAGCAGCAGCUAUAUGGCUCCUUUACCCUCUCCUGCACAUAUGAUACCCGAGCUUGACCUACGAUCAUCUGCUCGAAAGCGAAGUUAUGAUGGUGAUUCGGAAGAGUCGGUUGCCAAGCGAGUGACGAGACCCCCAACAACUAGCUCAUCAUCCUAUAACCUUAGCCAACCCGCUAUGCGGCCUGAUCUUCCUCGAUUGCCAGUUCCCAACCUUACGAUAUCGACGAAUCAGCCUAUGAGCAGUAAUUAUAACAACAGCGCAGGCUCGUCAGACGCUGCUCCCUUACUGCCACCGCUUAAUGGUCGAUCGAUGUCUUCAGUCUAUUCUUCAACACCGUCGUGGCCAGUAUUGACACCUACCGGUCCACCAAGCCAGCAUGGGACGCCAAGUGCAAAUGGCUACACCACCCCCUCUCGCCGGACAAGUCCACACUCGGUCCAUGAUCUUCUGUCAUUAGGCUCUUCCCCUAUCUCUGGCAAUUUCCCAGGUCACAAUCCGGGGCACGUUUCUCCUUCUUGCUAUCUUCAACAACGCAAUUCUCCAUAUAAGCCAAUACGAAAUGUGAAGACGCUGCUCUACCCACCACCUUCGGCCGCAAUGCAUGGCUAUUCCGCCAAUCUUGACCAGAUGCAUUACCAACCUCUUGGGCGAAGGAAUGACUACCGGCCUGGCGUAGUCCCAGAGUAUUCUUCGCAUGGCCACUAUCAACAUUACCCUGUCCUUCCAAUACCACAACCAAAGUUCCUUGCCUAG